AUGGCUCUGUACUGCGGAGAUAACUUCGUGUACUCACAGCCCGCCGCCGCCGCGCCCGGGGCGCCCCCGACCUCCAGGGCACCCUACGGGCUGUCCGACUACGCCGCGCCGCCAGCCGCCGCUGCCAACCCCUACCUGUGGCUGAACGGGCCCGGCGUGGGCAGCCCGACCUCCGCGGCGGGCUACCUGGGUGCUCCGCCGCCGCCCCCUGGAGCAGCGCCCGGACCCUUCCUGCAGCCGCCAGCCGCUCCGGGCACCUUCGCGGGUGCCCAGCGGGGCUUCGCGCAGCCCUCGGCGGUCGCGCCCGCCUCUCCCGCCGGUUCGGCAGCUCCGGGCGAGCUGGGCUGGUUGUCCAUGGCCAGCCGCGAGGACCUGAUGAAGAUGGUGCGACCACCCUACUCGUACUCGGCGCUCAUCGCCAUGGCCAUCCAGAGCGCGCCCGAGCGCAAACUCACCCUCAGCCACAUCUACCAGUUCGUUGCUGACAACUUCCCUUUCUACCAGCGCAGUAAGGCUGGCUGGCAGAACUCCAUCCGCCACAAUCUGUCACUCAACGACUGCUUCAAGAAGGUGCCCCGCGACGAGGACGACCCAGGGAAAGGUAACUACUGGACUCUAGAUCCAAAUUGUGAGAAAAUGUUCGACAACGGAAACUUCCGACGGAAGCGAAAGCGCCGUUCUGAAGCCAGCAGCAACCUCACUGUGGCUUCAGGGACAUCAAAAUCAGAAGGGCAGUCCUCAAGACUAAGAGUGAGUAGAAAGCUGGAAGGAGAUAGCCCCUCUUCUAUGCUGAGGCCAUCUCAGUCACCAGAACCUCCAGAGGGCACCAAGAGUACCGCGUCAUCUCCUGGAGCGUCCACACUCACCUCCACUCCGUGCCUCAACACUUUCCUCAACAGCCUCAACACUUUAAGUGCCAACCCCAGCAGCAUGAGCGUGAGCACCCAGCGAGCCAUCCCAGGCAGCCGCCGCCACCUAGGGGGCACCCAGCUGCCCUCCAGCACAUUCCCCAACACCUCCAUCCCAGACAGCCCUCCAGACUCCAUGCCGCUGAGCACUGUGGGUGGAAGCAACCAGAUUGCUCCAUACUACAACCCUUUCCCUGGCAGCGGCAGUGGGGACCAGAGCAGCCCCUUCAGCAGCCCUUUCUACAACUUCAGCAUGGUCAACAGCCUCAUCUACCCCCGGGAUGGCUCUGAUAUAUAG